AUUGAUGAAAAACAGUAUAAUCGGGGACCUCUUCAAAUAAGUGUGAAAUUGUACUGUACUGCCACAAAUCUUGUUUUUCAGGUGUCCUUCAGAUGAUGCAGACCAGGAUCAGUGCUCUGCAGGCAGCUGUGGACAGGAUAAGGACGAAGAUUGUUGACCCGUACAACAAGAUUGUGGCCAGGAUCACCCAGCUGGCCAGACUGCAGCGCCUUCUUUUGGCAGAAAGAUGCCAGCAGAGCGUCAGGGAGCUCUUCCUCUUAGCCUUUCAUCAAAAAACGCUACCAGCGAUUUUUCAUUGUUUCAGUGUCAACAAUAUCCUGCCUGUGUAUUGCUCUGUACUGUACCUUUGUUUGACUUAUCAUGAGCACCAAACACUUUGAAUGAGUGAGCUUCAUCUCAUGGCAAUAAAAGUACAGCACUCACCGGCAGCAACAUCCAGGGUCUGCCGGCUGAUCUGCUCAAACAAAUGAGCG